AUGGGGCAUUCUGCUGCAGUUUGGGACCAUAAGGCUUCACUUGAGUUGACAAAAGAUUGGAAUGGAAUUGAACAAGUCGUGCUUCGAAACCCUCAUGGGGCGUCGGCAAAAGUAAGUCUGCACGGAGGACAGGUUAUCUCGUGGAGAAAUGAUAGAGGUGAAGAGCUUCUGUUCACUAGUAGUAAGGGCAUAUUUAAGUCUCCAAAAGCAAUGCGCGGAGGAAUUUCCAUUUGCUUUCCACAGUUUGGAAACUGUGGUUCAGUUGAUCAGCAUGGAUUUGCGAGGAACAAAAUUUGGACCAUUGAGGAUGAUCCUCCUCCAUUGCAUGCUAGUGAUUCUCUUGGCAAAUCCUUUGUUGAUUUAUUACUCAAACCAGCCGAAGACGAUCUCAAGUGCUGGCCUCAUGGCUUUGAAUUUCGUCUCCGAGUCUCUCUAACAUCAGUUGGAAACUUGAUGUUAGUAUCUCGUAUCAGGAACAUAAAUGGGAAACCUUUCAGUUUCUCAUUUGGCUAUCACACGCACUUGUCUGUUUCUGACAUAAGUGAAGUGAGGAUAGAAGGUUUAGAAACUCUGGAUUAUCUGGACAAUCUUUGCCAGAAAGAACGCUUUACCGAGCAAGGUGACGCCAUUACAUUUGAAUCAGAGGUAGACCGUGUUUAUCUAAGCUCACCACAGUGCGUUGCUGUUUUGGAUCACGAGAGGAAGCGAACAUAUGCAAUGAGAAAGGAAGGGCUACCAGAUAUUGUUGUUUGGAACCCAUGGGAGAAAAAGUCGAAAGCAAUGGCAGAUUUUGGCGAUGAAGAAUACAAACAGAUGCUUUGUGUAGAUGCGGCUGCAGUAGAAAAGAACAUCACUUUGAGGCCCGGGGAGGAAUGGACGGGCCGGAUUGAACUUGCAGCCGUGCCCUCUACCUUUUGCUCUGAUGAUCUCCAUCCACAAUUCAACUUCUUCUGA